AUGCCAGCUCGAAGAUCAGGUGGAACCAAAGCCACUCCGGCAUCUGCAAGGGUGCAUAAGCGCCAGCUAUCUGAGACUCCGGCUACCACAACGCCAGGAAGUCGGGUGUCGAAGAGAUUGAAGGAGUCUGCAGAGAAAGCCAAAAGCUCCGGAGCGACGCCUACCAAGAGCAAGUAUUUCGAGGAACCAGAUUCUGAAGAUGCAGACGAUCCAGAUGACGACGUUGAUGGUGAUGAUGAUUCCGGGUACGAGGAUGAAGAUGCAUCCGGGACGGAAGACCAGCCGGCCGUCACCACAGAUGAGGAAGAAGACGACUACGACUCCGAUGCGGAUAGGAAGAAAAGAAAGUUUGACAAGAAGACGGCCGGGUCCAAGUCUGUCGUUGUAACUCUGGUGGGGAAGGACAAGGAACUCUGGAGACCAGGUGUGAAGACGGGAUUGGGACCCGGUAAACAGGUUUUCAUUGAGAAGCCCAAGCCACGCGGUGAUGGGGGUAUCAAGUAUGUUCCGGAAAAGAUUCAUCCCAAUACUAUGGCGUUCUUGAAGGAUCUCAAUGAAAAUAACGAUCGAGAAUGGCUUAAGAUGCACGACCCAGAUUAUCGGCAAUCCUGGAAAGAUUGGGAGAGCUUUGUGGAAACACUGACUGAAAGAAUCUCUGAGCUUGACGAAACAAUCCCUGAAUUGCCGCCCAAAGACCUGGUCUUUCGAAUCUAUCGAGACAUUAGAUUUUCUCCUGAUCCUACGCCGUACAAGCCUCAUUUCUCUGCGGCAUGGUCUCGUACCGGACGAAAGGGACCCUAUGCGUGUUAUUAUGUUCAGAUUCAACCCGGAGGCAAAAGUCUCGUCGGUUCUGGACUGUGGAUGCCUGAAGCCCAACCGUUGGCUCUCUUGAGGACGAACAUCGACCGAAAACCGAGGAAGUUAAGGCGUGUUCUAAUAGAGCCUCAGCUGCGAAAACAGAUAUUGGGUGUCACUUCGAACGACGAGAAGAAGGCCAUCAAAGCGUUUGCUGCACAGAAUUCCGAAUAUGCCUUGAAAACUAAGCCCAAGGGUAGCAGUGUACCUAGCUCCCGCGUCAAGUACUUCUCUGGUAAACCCCGUGGAAAUGAAAAGCCUCGCUUACUUGCGCACCAUAAGUGA